CCAAUAUAACUCUCUAUAUAAACAGAUUUUAUCAGCUUAAAGUACAUUAUUUCCAAAGGAUAAAAGCUACAAAAAUGUACAAAGCUAUAAGAAAGAUGAACUUGGUCCUCGUUUUGAUACUAUCAACAUUGGUUACAAUUGUUAACCCACAAAGUCUGCCAAUACAAUCCAUUGUAAGUUUACCUCCCGUCCACAUAUUUGGAGGAAUCGGUGAUAGUGGACCAGAGGUUGGGGUCAAAAUCAAACCCAAAGAUUCUGGCUUUUCAAUGCUUGGAAAAACAAACGUAGACGGACAUUGGAUCGCUAACAUCGGUUGGAAAAAGGACAAUGUAGAUAUUUCAGGUCAUGCAAAAAAUGUCGGUAAUGGUGUGGAAGCCGGUGUCAGAGUAAAAAUAGAUAUCGGCGGAUCCGGAAAAAGCAAACCAAGAAGAAGAUCCUGGUUUAGAAGGGUCUUCAGAGGUUAAAUUGUCUGAUAGUAAUUUUGAUUAUAAAAUGUUGACUUACUAGAAAUACAUGUGUACAUGACACAAACUGCUAAUGAUUUGAAUAUCUGUUAAAUAAAAUUUAAUUUAUAAUAA